GGGCGCUGCGGUCCGCGGCGCCUGCCGGAGAUGCGCGCGCAGGGAGAAGGCGGUGCCUGUGGGGAAGAUGGCGCCGUCCUCGCUCCUGCGUCCGUUCUCGCGGCUGCUGGCGCCCGCCCGGCUGCCGAGCUGCCCUUCAACACGGUCCAAGUUCUACGUCCGGGAGCCGUACAAUGCCAAACCUAACUGGCUGAGAGUUGGGCUGGCCUUGGGCACCUCGGUUUUCCUGUGGGUUUAUCUCAUUCAACAACAUAAUGAAGAUGUUUUGGAGUAUAAAAGAAGAAAUGGAUUGGAAUAAACUUUGGAAAUGUUAAUAUAGUCUGCUUCAUAUGAUGAUCAUGGUCAUUCUGCUGGAUUCACCCAUCUGUUGAGUUAUGGAUAUGAGGGGGAAAGUUAUAUAUGAGUGUGUAUCAGUUAACAUGUGCAUUUUACAUUAUUGAACAAAUAAAAAUACUUAUGUUCUUCACAUGUA